AUGGACAAACAACUUUCUUCUCAACAACUUCAGUUGUAUAUGGGCUUGUUGAAGAGGUUGAAGAGUGAAGGAAAGGAUUUGAAUGACCCACAAUAUAAAAGUCUUCAUCAAUUCUUGAAAGCACAACUUAACAAUCAAAAUCAGAUGAAACAACAAAAUCAACAGACAAUUAACAAUGUGCUUCCAACACCCGUACAACCUUCACUAGCAACCAUCAAUCCACAAACUCUACAACAACAACAACCACAACAACAACAAAGUUUGUUCACUACACAACAAAAGGAAAGAUUGAAAGCACAAAUCUAUGCUUUUAAACAUCACAUUUCUAAGAGAGAACCAAUUCCUACUUCUUUACAAUUUGCUAUCAUGGGCAACAAUGUUGAGAAUAAUUUGAAGGAAUAUGAAACAGUUUACUUGAAGCAAGGUGCUCCACAAUCAACAACAACAACAACAAAUGUAGGACCAGUCAUUCCACAACCUCUUCAACAACAACCAAACAAUGUUCAAUUAAAUACUCAACUCCGUAAAGUGCAACCAAAUCAACCAAAUCAACCACAACCAUUUGUUAAUCCAAAUGGACAAAUGAUCCAAGCACCAAAUAUUCCUAAUCAACAUGUUCAAAUGAAUGCUGCCAAACAAAUGGAAUCAAAGAUAAAUCCAGAUAGUCAAAGACAACAAAAUCUAGAUCUUCAAACCUUGUACAAGGAAAGAGAAAAGAGAAUUCAACACAAGAUGAAAAGAAGAUUUGAUAAUCUCAAGAUGAGUUUUACUUCUCUUCCACAAAAUGAGCAAGUUAAAGCAGCUAUUGAGAUUAAACAAUUCCAAUUACUUAAACAACAAAAAGAAUUAAGAGCAGAUAUUAUUCGUCAGCUAAAAAACCAGUCAGUGACUCAAAACGGUGAGAGUCAUAUUGCAAGAACCCAAUCCUUGGUUAAUGAAAUUCCGAAGAAAAAUAGAUCAACUAAACCAAAGGAAAAGAAUACUAACAAAAGUAAGAAGGCAAUCCUAGCCGAUUUGAUUGCUAAGAAAAAGAAGAUCAAGGAAGCCUUCAAGAAUGAUAUCAAGAAGCCAGUAGAUAAAAUUAACAAAGAUUUGACACAAUUCUUUGAAAAGAAGGCAAAGGCUGAAAAGGAAAAGAAAGCUAAAGCUGAAAAGGCCAGAUUGAAGGCUUUGAAAGAAAAUGAUGAAGAAGCCUACUUUAAAUUAUUGGAACAAACAAAGGAAGGAAGAUUGACCGAAUUACUUAAACAAACAGAUUCAUGUCUUAAAAGUUUGGGAGCAUCUUUGGUCUCUGAAAGAGAUGGUGAUGCUGAAGUUGUAGAAUUUGAUCAAGAAGAGGAUGGUGAAAAGGGUGGAUCAUUGUUUAAGAAAUUCUUACUCAACCAAAACAAUUACUAUAAGGUUGCCCACAGACUUGUUGAAAAAGUUGAAAAACAACCAACAAUUCUUAAAGGAGGUGAUCUUAAAGCAUACCAGAUACAAGGUUUACAAUGGCUUGUUUCUCUUUAUAACAAUAGAUUGAAUGGUAUUUUAGCUGAUGAAAUGGGUCUCGGUAAGACAAUUCAAACCAUUUCACUUUUAUCAUAUCUUUACGAGUUUAAAAGUAACAAGGGUCCACACUUGGUAAUUGUACCAUUGUCAACUAUGGACAAUUGGGCUAACGAAUUUGAAAAAUGGUGUCCAACUUUAAAGUUAAUAAGAUAUAGUGGUACCAAACAAGAAAGACAAAAAAUUCAUUUAGAGUUGAAGAAACAAGACUUUGAAGUUUUAUUGAUCCAAUAUGAAUAUAUUACCAAAGAAAAGAAAUUCAUGAAAAAGAUUCAAUGGAAUUAUAUUAUCAUGGAUGAAGGUCACAGAAUUAAGAACUCUGAUUGUAAAUUAGUUAAAGCUCUCGCUGAGUAUACUUCAAGAAACAGAGUUUUGCUUACUGGUACUCCUCUUCAAAACGACUUGAAAGAGUUGUGGGCACUUCUUCAUUUUUUAUUACCUAAGAUUUUUGAUAGCUCUCUCAACUUUGAAAAUUGGUUCAAUUCUCCUUUUGCUGCUUCUGGUGAAAAGGUAGAAAUGACAGAAGAAGAAAAACUUCUUAUUAUUCACAGACUUCACCAAGUUCUUCGUCCUUUCCUCUUGAGAAGAGAAAAGACAGAUGUUGAAGAACAAUUACCUGAAAAAUCAGAAAAGGUUGUUUAUAUCGAUUUAUCAGCCAUGCAAAAAACAUUGUAUCAAAAUAUUCAAGAUAAGAAUAAGAUUGUAUUGAAUGGUAAGAAACUCAGAAAUACAUCUCUGAACAAUACUGUUAUGCAACUUAGAAAAGUUUGUAACCACCCUUAUUUAUUCUUCAAAGAAACUGAGUAUUUGAAUAAUUUGAGCGAUGAAACUUACUAUGAUUGGAUGUGUAGAUCAUCUGGUAAAUUUGAAUUAUUAUCAAGAAUUUUCCCUAAGUUGAAGAGAACUGGUCACAGAGUUUUGUUGUUCAGUCAAAUGACCCAAAUUCUUGAUAUUUUCGAGGAAUUUUUAUCUCAUCUUGGUUAUGAAUAUCUUAGACUUGACGGUGCUGUUAAUGCGGCUGAUAGAGGUACCCUUGUCAAGCAAUGGAAUGCCAAGGAUUCUCCAUAUUUUGUUUUCUUGCUGAGUACACGUUCAGGUGGUUUGGGUCUUAACCUUCAAACUGCUGAUACUGUUAUCAUGUUUGAUAGCGAUUGGAAUCCUCAACAAGAUUUGCAAGCUAUGGCCAGAGCUCACCGUAUUGGUCAAACUAAGUCUGUUUUGGUUCUUACAUUCUGUACACGUACUCCUGUAGAAGAAAAAGUCAGAGAUCGUGCCCAAGAAAAAAGAGAUGCAGAAGCCAAGGUCAUUAAGGCUGGUAAAUUCAAUCAAAAAUCUACAAUUUUGGAAAGACAAGAACUUUUGGAAACCCUUCUCAAGAAAGAAAGUGAUAUUUACAGUGCUCACGAAGCUCCUUCUGAUGAACAAAUGAACAAUUUGUUAGCAAGAAGUGAUGAUGAAUUUGAAAUCUUCCAAACUAUGGAUAAGGAACAAGAAGCACAACUUAUCGAAAAAUAUGGUGAAAAUGUUCCUCCUCGUUUGAUGUCUGCUGAUGAACUUCCAUCAUGGAUAAGAGAAGUUGGUGAGGAAGAGGAAGAAGAAAAGGAAGAACUUGGAAGAGGUAGAAGAAAACGUGCCGAAUCAUCAAUCAUUGACUCAAGUGAUGAAGAAGAUGGAGAUGAAGACGAUGAAGAAGUAGCUGAACCAGAAGAAGAACCUGAGGAAGAAGAAGAGGAAGAGGAAAACACAAAGAAGAGAAAGAGAAAGGCACCAGUAAAGAAAGAAGAACCAGCAGCAAAGAAAAAGAAAGCACCUGGUCCAGGAAGAGGUAGAAAGAAGAAAGUAGUUGAAGAAGAACCAACUCUUGGAUAUUCUUAUGAUGGUAAAUCAUAUGAUAAAGUUCUUGCUGAUUUGAGUGAUACGGUAACUAAGAAACUUUAUCAAAUCUACAUGGAUAUUGGUAAUACAACUGAUGAUACUGGAAAAUCUCUUGUUUUUCCUUUCUUAGAGCUUCCUAACAAGGAAGAAUACCCAACUUACUAUGAAAUUAUUAAGAAUCCUAUUUGUUUGCAUGACAUUGAAAGGAAGGUUAGAAAUGGUAGUUAUUUAGGAAUUGAUGAUAUGGAAAGAGAUGUCAAAUUAUUGGUUAGUAAUGCCAAGACUUAUAAUCUCGAAGGAUCCCCAAUUUAUGUGGAUGCUGAAACCAUUGAACAAUUAUUCAUUAGGAAAAAGACUUUAAUUUUCAAUGCAGUUAGUGCUGAUGAAUUAAUUGAUGAAAUGGAUGAUAAUGAUUUGCCACCUUUUUAA